AGAGAACUCACAAUGCUCCGCAAGAGUGUGACAGAGAGUUUCGGAGCUGCCAUCUCCAGUUGGAGCACGGCCAACCUGACGGACACGGUGGUCCGGAGGAGCAAGAGGAUGAUGCUAGACACGCUGGGAGUGGCACUGCUCGGAACCCAAACGCCAGUCUUUCACAAGGUGCUGCAGUACAGUAUGAGGUACAGAGCGGCAGAGAACAGCUGUGUCUGGGGAAGACCAGGGCUGACGCUCCCUCCACAGUAUGCUGCCUUUGUCAACGGAGUUGCAGUGCACUCCAUGGACUUUGAUGACACCUGGCACCCUGCCACUCACCCUUCGGGCGCGGUGCUGCCCGCCCUCCUCGCCCUGGCUGAGGCACUGCCCACGAAGCCUUCUGGGCUGGAGGUGCUGCUGGCCUUCAACGUGGGCAUCGAGGUACAGGGGAGGCUGAUGCGAUUCUCCAAGGAGGCUUGCAACAUUCCCAAAAGGUUCCACCCCCCUGCGGUGGUUGGGGUCAUGGGCAGCGCAGCUGCAACUGCUAAACUCCUGGGCCUCAGCCCAGGCCAGUGUGUGGAGGCGCUGGCAGUAGCGGCCUCCUCUGCUGGAGCCCCCAUGGCAAACGCGGCCACUCAGACCAAGCCUCUCCACAUCGGCAACGCCACCCGGAGGGGCCUGGAGGCCUCGCAGCUCGCCCUCCUGGGCCUCCAAGGCAACAGGCAGAUUCUGGACAUGGAGUCAGGGUUCGGCGUGUUCUACCCGGAUUACACGCCGGUGGAGUUGACCCAGGGCUCUCACGGUGCCCCCUUCAGGUGGAUCCUGGAGGAUCAGGACGUCGCCGUAAAGCGCUUCCCUGCCCACCUGGGCAUGCACUGGGUGGCAGACGCUGCAGCGGGAGUGAGAGCAAAGAUUCUCACCAGGAACCCCAAUGCAGACCUCAGCCAGGUACGGAAAGUGACACUCAGGCUGCCCAAGUCCAAAUACAUUGACUGCCCCUUCCCCGUCACUGAGCACCAGGCACGACACUCCUUCCAGUUCAAUGCCUGCUCUGCGCUGCUGGACGGCCUGGUGUCUGUGGACUCCUUUAGCAGUUGGCAGAUGGAGAGGAAGGCUCUCAGAGACCUCCUGCUUACAGUGCAAAUAGAGAACCCUGCAGACAAUCAUGCCAGCUUUGACAGUAUGUACUGCGAGGUGAGGGUUGACAUGGCCAAUGGAGAGAGCCACACCGCACGCUGCAAUACCUUCUAUGGCCACUGGAGGAAGCCUCUUAGUCAAGAGGACCUGGUGAAGAAGUUCACGGCCAAUGCCUCUACUACACUGCCCCUAGAGGCUGUGGAGGGCAUUGUCAGUAUUAUAGAUGACAUUGAAAAUGUCCCAGACAUCACAUUGCUGGGGUCAUUCCUGCAAAUGAAUGAUGCAAUGCCUUUGUCAUCUGUGAAUGUGUCUCAGUGUUGA